AUGCAGACCGAACCACGGCCAUCGCAGCAAAGCGCAGGAUGGUCGGAAGGUCGACAUCAGACGCGAAAGCUGAAAGCUGUCGUUGCUAGUUGCUCUGCUGGCUUUGCUUGCGGGAACGGAGACGGCCGCCACGGCUGCGGGCUGCUGCUGUUUUUUGCUCCGCCGUCAGCCAGGAAGAACCGUCAGCCCAGGGCAUUCGGAGAACGCCAGAAGCGCAGCGUACAUCAGGCCCCCACGGCCUUCGGCAGGAAAAGCAAGGGGCUUACAAUGGCCGAGACCCUGCGACGUGGCUCACUAAAUUUCGAUGUGGACCUAGUGAUAAACCUGCAGCUUGCCCGUGUCGACGAUGUGGCACACAGGGUUGAGCAGUUCGUGCCUGCACAUCGCUCAUUCUUAGUCUCACUGCGUUUGCACUUCGUCCAAGGCCACAUGCAACCGGUGUAG